GUUGUGGCGUUCGGAAGGAGUGUGCUCCCAGCGUGGGAAAGACGCUCGUCCUCGCUGCGUGCCUCCUAAGUAGGCAAAAGGAGGGUCCAAAAGAAACUUUUAACUCCUCGCCCGACUCACACUUUUCUUGAGGGGAUCCAGACGUAAGAAGUCUGAGGAAUUCCUGUGCUGCGCAGCAGAGAUGGGCAGCCACUGAGAGUUUUUCAGGUUUUUUUUUCUCUACCGGUAGACAUGUUUCACUCGGCGAGUGAGGAGUCGGAUUUGCCAGUGCAGCAAGUUGACCACGGCGGCGCAGGUUCGAGUGUGUACUCCCGAGUGCAGCGCUAGCGGCUCAGGACACUGAAUGACCGGCGUGGCUGAUGAAGGCCACCUGGAUCCGCUUGCUGAAACGAGCCAAGGGAGGUCGCGUCAAGAGCUCCGAUGUCUACGGUUCGGCCGAUUCCUACACCAGCCGUCCAUCAGACUCUGAUGUGUCUCUGGAGGAGGACAAGGAGGCAGUGCGCAGAGAGGCAGAGAGGCAGGCUCAGGCUCAGCUUGACAAGGCCAAGACAAAGCCCGUCGCGUUCGCCGUGCGCACAAACGUCAGCUACAGCCCCAGUCACGAGGACGAUGUCCCCGUGCCCGGGAUGGCGCUGUCCUUCGAGGCCAAAGACUUCCUCCACGUCAAGGAGAAAUUCAACAAUGACUGGUGGAUAGGCCGUCUGGUGAAGGAAGGCUGCGAGAUCGGUUUCAUUCCCAGCCCGGUGAAGCUGGAGAACGCUCGAGUCCUCCAGGAGCAGAGAGCCAAACAGGGCAGGUUCCAUUCCAGCAAACUGGGAGCAAACUCUUCGUCGAGUCUCGGUGACGUGGUUUCCAACUCCCGCAAGUCAACCCCUCCGUCGUCCGCCGUUGACAUAGACGCCACAGGCUUAGACCCGGACGACAACGAGCCGCCGCCGGUCAUCCUGCGCUCCCCCCGGUCCGCCGCGAACUCUGUCACGUCCCCCUUAGCAAAAGAGAAACGAAUGGCCUUUUUUAAGAAGACGGAGCACAUCCCCCCGUACGAUGUUGUGCCUUCCAUGCGACCCGUAGUUCUGGUGGGACCGUCACUCAAGGGCUACGAGGUGACCGACAUGAUGCAAAAAGCACUGUUUGACUUUCUGAAGCACCGAUUUGAGGGACGAAUAUCCAUCACUCGCGUGACGGCGGACAUCUCGCUCGCCAAGCGCUCCGUCCUGAACCAUCCCAGCAAGCACGCCAUCAUCGAGCGCUCCAACACGCGCUCCAACUUGGCCGAGGUCCAGCGAGAGAGGGAGCGCAUCUUCGAGCUGGCGCGGACGCUGCAGCUGGUCAUCCUGGACGCCGACACCAUCAACCACCCGUCGCAGCUGGGCAAGACGUCCCUGGCCCCCAUUAUUGUCUACGUCAAGAUCACCUCCCCCAAGGUGCUGCAGAGGCUCAUCAAGUCGCGGGGCAAGUCUCAGGCCAAGCACCUCAACGUCCAGAUGGUGGCGGCCGACAAGCUGGCGCAGUGCCCGCCCGAGAUGUUUGACAUCAUCCUGGACGAGAACCAGCUGGAGGACGCCUGCGAGCACAUGGCCGACUACCUGGAGGCCUACUGGAAGAGCACCCACCCCGACAGCGGCGACGCCCCGGACCCGCCGCCCGCCCCCGCCCUGCCCUCCUCGUCCUCCUCCGGCGUGCAGGGAGGCGGUACGGAGCAUCGAGCUGAAAAGGCGUUAAUCGAGAGGAAGGGAUCCCGAGAGGACCGCCGCCGCCACCACCACCACCGCCGCCAUCAUCGGAGCCAGAGCCAGGACCGGGACCGGGACCGGGCCGACGAGGACGACGACGACGACGACGAGGACGAGGAGGAGGAGGAGGAGGAGGAGGAGCGGCCCCUGCGAACUGAGUCGUCCAGCAGAGGGCCGCCUCGCGCCCCGCACCGCUCUUCUUCCGCCAGGACUGAGCACCACCACAACAACAACAAUCACCACCACCACCACCACCGACAUCACCACCACCACCAUCACCGGAACAGGGGCCUCGGCCGGCAAGAGACUCUGGACUCGGAGAGCCCCGAGAGCCGGGAGACCAAGGACGCCGCCUGCGUGGAGCCUCACGCUCAGCUCCUCCAGCAGCAGGAAGCCGACCGGGAAGACGAGGAGGAGGAGGACGACGACGACUUAGGGGAGCCCCCGCAACCCCACCGGGACUACAACCACCAUCAUCGCCACCACCACCACCACCACCACCAUCACCGCUCCAAGGAAUGCGAGCAGGACCACAAUGAGCGCAACAAGCAACACCAACAAAGGCCCGCGCGCGACAACAACCACCAUCACGACAGGGAGCCCAAAAAAAGAGCCGACGUGGGCGAGUGGGCCCGGGACGCGUACAUCCCCCAGUAGACCGGUUUUUUACUACCCCCCCCCCCCCCGAGCCGCUACACCUCCUGACCACAGCAUCCUAUUUAUGUCCACUUCCUCCCGUUUUCUCGAUGGCAGCGGUUCUAUGAUGUAGAUACGAGCAUACAGUGGGUAGAAAAACUCUACACACCCCUCUACAAGUGCCAGCUUUUUUUUAAUACAUAUAUAUAUAUAAAAAAAACUUUCCCCACCUUUAAUGUGGCCUAUAACCUGUCCAAAACAUCUUUACUUUAUUUGCACUUCCCCUCCUGACUCAAUUGAAUUGUACAGAAAUCAGGACAAAUUAAUACAAAGCUAUUGGUUAUUAUUUCAUAUUGAAAAAAAAAAAAAACCUGGCACGUGAACAGGGGUGCGCGGACUUUCUACCCACUUUCUAUCCACGUGUGUAUCUAUGCAUAGAUCCUCAUGGAUAUGCAUGAAUGUUCACAAAUAUGCAUAUUUGAUAAAAAAAAAAAGCAUGACUUUGUUCAUGUAUCGA